CAGUAUCGAACCGGCUUUCGUGGUGUGCGUUUCGGAGCUUAUACCCGUUAGAAAAUCAGGAUUUCCCUUAAACCGGCUUCAAGUAUUUAAUAUUGAACUUUGUUGAAUAUUUAGUUGUCUGAAAGCAAUAGUGUUGUAAGGUAAACGUUUAAUACUCAUAAGGUGGGGUUCAGCCUACCUUAUGUCAGAAUGACUGGUGGCUAGACACUCUCGGCAUUGUCAUUUGACAGCACCGAAGAGCUAUGGAGACAACAGAAGAGAGUGACGGGCGAAGUGUUGAUCAGGGUGGAGGAAAACCAGGAACACCGCAGCAGAGGACUCGUCCCACCACAUUAUCGGAAGGUGCCUCGGGACCCAAGAGACUGAAAGACAGAGUCACCUUCUACGAACAGGUUUGGUCCGGUACGAAAUCACCGUCUACCGAAACGGUUACGGAAAAAGGGAGAAUCGACGUCGACGACAGCUCCCUGUUCGUCGACGCCUCCGAGAUCGAGCGUCGUUUGCUGGAAGAGCAACUUCGCCGGCGAUCUGAGAGUCCUGUCAAGAGAGAGCGUGUGAAGCUGAGGUCCACGCGUACCGGCGGAGAUGGCGGUCCUCGUCUCAGGUCCGCGUCCACAGACAGCAGCAGCAACAACAGCGAAUCUUUCGAAGAAACAUUUGAACGUGUCGUCGAAGAAGGAGAUCUUCUGGGCGGAGGUGCAAAGGUUGUCAAAUUCGAAAGAAUCACAGUGCACAAAUCUGUCCGGGAAAUUACCACUGUACUACCAGCCACACCUGGCUCAGGGGCUCCAUCUUCAGAAUCCACGAUGAGCCGAACACCAUCAGAGGAACGUAUCCUCCAAGAUGAUUCUGCUUAUCACACAGUCAGUCAUAGUCAGCCUAGUGCCAAUGGCUAUCAUACAAGUGUGUCAAAGUCUUCAUCAGUAACGUCCUUGGCUGGGAGAUUUCCGUCUGAAGAAUGUCUGAGGAGGUCUCCAACUAGGGAGGGGUUUCAGCAAGCCGGCGCCUCUGAGGGGGAGGGUGGAAGUCGCCCCGGAUCUACAAGCAGCAUCGAAUGGUAUUCUGAGUAUCGAACCCAGUCCUUCCAUAAUAUGGCUGCAAAACUGGAAUAUGUCAGAAGUCGCUCUGAGUAUGAUUCCCAUAUCGCCGAAAUCAAAGACGAACAAGAACGAGUGCAGAAGAAAACGUUUGUCAACUGGAUCAAUUCUUAUCUAUCAAAGCGAGUUCCACCGCUUCGGAUAGAUGACUUGAUUGAUGACUUGAAGGACGGAACUAAGCUGCUUGCCUUGCUUGAAGUCUUGUCAGGUGAAAAGUUGCCAGUCGAAAGGGGACGCAACUUAAAGCGGCCACACUUUCUUAGUAAUGCCAACACUGCCUUGCAGUUCCUACAGAGCAAAAAGAUUAAACUUGUCAAUAUCAACUCUUCUGAUCUGGUGGAUGGCAGACCACCAGUUGUGUUGGGUCUUAUCUGGACCAUUAUCCUUUACUUCCAGAUUGAAGAAAACACACGAGCACUUGAAUCUUUGGGUCACACAUUUGGUGGGAGUGCCAGCAGUCUGGAGAGCCUGGGUGCACGCUCAUCUGAAGGGGCAGUGGUUGAGGGAAAGAAGAAAGAGCCAGAUGAAAGGAGGAGACAGGGUGCUAGGAGAGCAAUGCUGCAAUGGGUCACCAACGCGCUCCCAAAGGAUCUUGGUAUUGAAGUACGAGAUUUUGGCGGUAGUUGGCGUGAUGGUACUGCAUUCCUUGCCAUUAUUGAUGCCAUCAAGUCUGAUUUAAUAAACUUGUCAGCAAUGCGUCAGGCAUCUAACAAGACGCGUCUAGAAACAGCUUUCAGCGUGGCCGAGAGGGAACUCGGCAUUGCACGACUUCUCGACGCAGAGGAUGUCGAUGUGCCCCAGCCUGAUGAGAAGUCGAUCAUGACAUAUGUUGCUCAGUUCCUGCACAAAUAUCCUGAACCUAGGGCUGCUGAUGGCUCAAGUACUUUAGCUGCAAUUGAAGCUGAAUAUAAUGAACUCAUAUCAUGGCUGCUGAAGAAGACUCAAUACCUGGAACAUCUCCAGCAAACUAACUCUUUGUCCAAGGUUUACUCUGAUUACGUAACAUUCAAGAGUGAAGUUGAUGAAAAGGCAAAAGUGUAUGGGAAACUGAAGAGAGUGAUUGAGUCGCAAAGCAUGGUCAGCAUUACUGUAGAGUCCUGGCAAGAAAUUGAGAGGCUAUGGACUAAACUAGAAGCACAGCUUCGCCACUGGCUGUGGCUACUGGACUCAGGACUGCCUGGUGAUCUUGGCCAGGUAGGAGAGUGGCUAGGACGGGCCGAGGCUCUCUUAACCUCUGAUGAUAUAGUUUUCUUUGCUGACCUACUGGCCAUUCAGACCAACUUCCAAAAAAAUAAAUUGUCCCAGAAUGCCACGGAUGCUCCUGCAGAGCAACUAGAAAACAUAACGCAACGAUUGGAAACGAUCGGACCGAAAGCUGCUCAGCGUAGAGUCGGACUCAAAUUUCUUGAACAUAAGGUGCUCUUACUGCUAUUGCUGCCACUGCCUGGCAUUACUGAUGUCCCAUUGAAGCUCAUAGUUUUCAUUUAG